AUUUUGCAUGAACUCGGUUAUCAACAUGAAAUCGAUGAGGAGACAUGGGCUGUUUGGGCUGCCGAUGGUGGACCCGUGCCGUUACAGGUCGAAAAUGGGCUUUGUCAUGGAAUUAAGCCGUGGUGUUCAGGCGCUGAAUUUAUUCAUAAAGCAUUAAUCAGUUUUAAAGAUCAACAGGGGCAAUCUCAGCUCUGCAUUAUUGACCUCAACCAAUCCUUGAUCACCAUUGAUCUGGCUCACUGGCAAGCUAUAGGCAUGCAGGGAACACAGACCGCAAGAGUCAAUUUUCAGGAGAUAGCAGUCAAACUCAUUGGUCAUCCCAAUGAUUACCUUGAUCGGGUUGGUUUUUGGCAUGGUGCUGCGGGUGUUGCAGCUUGCUGGUACGGUGCCGCGGUGCGGUUAGUGGAUGAGCUACAACAAAGUUGCCUUAAAGCCCCUAAUCCUUUUAAGAAAAUGUAUUUAGGUCAGUUGGCAACUCGACUUGCUGUAACCCGACAAUAUUUCCAAUAUAUCGCGCAACUGAUUGAUAGCCAACCCAAGCUUAGCCAUGAACGGGAUGUACGGAUCUUGCGUGCGCAGGCAGAACAAAGCUGUUUGGAGGAUGGGCAUCCAGAUCAUGAAGCGGUAGGAAAAACUGUACAGGCAUUUGCUCUAGCUCAUGACAUGUCAUAUUUACACGUGCUGAUCUGGGCUUGGCAUUGGGCGCGACCACUAGAUCCGCGUAUCAACUGGCAAAAGGCUAGAGCUUAUAACUUAACUCAGGCCCAAUUAAUCAAAAAACGUCAGGCCAUCAUGCAGUUUAAGAGUCAGAUUGAAACUGAUGAAAGUACAGGCAAUGCUGCGAUUUUAUCUCCAGCAAUCAUCGAACUGCCAUACAGCAUAAAAGCUGUAGAAAAUACCAGUCUUGACGCAUCUUCGAAAGUGAAAAAGUCGAUACGCCAGCGCCUGCCACAACCUUUGAUUAUAUUAAUUGGUAUUGCCUGCUUCAUCAUUUUCAUGGUGGAAGGCGCGGCGAUGGACUGGAGUGGUAUUUAUUUAACGCAACAAUAUGGAGUUAAUACCGCUUUUGCGGGAUUGGCGUAUACCUUCUUCGCGAUUGCCAUGACCACAGGACGUUUUACGGGGCAUUAUCUGAUCCGUUAUUUUGGUGAAAAAAAGCUUUUAACCUAUAGCGCGAUUUGUGCAACUUUAGGUUUAGCUUUGGUCAGUAUCGCGCCUUAUUGGUGGCUGGUUUUAGUGGGUUAUACACUGGUUGGGACAGGUUGUUCUAACAUCGUCCCGAUCAUGUUUUCCCGUGCUGGACGUCAGACGGUGAUGCCGAGCGCAGUUGCAUUGUCUUGUGUUUCGACCAUGGCUUAUACGGGUAUUCUGGUUGGACCUGCUUUCAUUGGA